AUGGCUCCGGCGAAACGUGGGCGCACUGCUAAGACAGAUGAUCACCACUCCAAGAGCCCCGGAUCCCGCCAUGUUAGACAAGGAUUUAUCAUCAGUUACCCACCCAGGAAAUACCGCUCCAUAACACAUCGAGCCAUGACCAGUGCGCAGAAAUAUGCAAAACAGCAGCAUCUAGAGGAACAAGUUCAUUUCAUCAUCAUCACGCGCGAUAACAACAAGCCAAAUGCAUACGGCACGGCCUCCACCGCGCAUGGUCCUUUAACAUGGGCAGCUGUAGCAAAAGCAUACAACGAGAAAUACAAUGUCUCCGUCACUGCAGCAGCCAUGGAGAAGCGAGUGAGACAGCAUCGCGCUUUGUGGCUAUCAAACCACCCAAACUAUCCCACCACAAUCGUGUACGCGAAAAAAGACAAGUGCCUACAAACUCCUUGUCCAGACACUAGCGCUAGGGAACGUAGAGACCGAAGUACACAUGAUCUUCUGGACAAACGGGAUGCGAAUGAGCAUGUAGCAGGCUGGUUACCACCAGACGAUAUCCGCAACCAAUCCGACAUGCGUUCCUACAUCGAGCGCGGAACAGCAAUCAACACUGGUGUCGUCACUAUCCAGAUCCUAAAUGGGCACGGUGAACCAGUUGACGCUAUUAGUAUCGACUGUCACAUCUUCCAAAAAAGUGCUUGUCUUCUCGGUCGACUUCGAAGCAGCGAACUUACACUGGAAGUUCAGCUGAACGGUUCGGCAGUAGCAGCCAUCCAGUGCUAUGUUUUGGAAGAUGAUCAUGUCAAAGGGUUGGUGUUGGAUCGCUGGCGGAUGCUGGCGGAUCAGGCUGAAGAAGUUGAGUUGGAACUUGAUGAGCUUGACCUGCUAUUCGAUUGUACGGAAGAUGGUGAUGCGGCGCGUACGUUUUGGGUGGAGGCAGUUUGUGCGGCGGGAUUGAGUGAGGGGUUGCUUACGAGGAAGAAGUGUGGGAUAGCGCUUGCUGAACAUGUUCGAGACUUGAUGUUGUCUUACGCCUGA